UACAGCAAUCAUGAGGUCUCUGGUCUUCCUUGUGCUCCUGGGAGCAGCUUUUGCUUUCGAGGAUGACAAGAUUGUUGGAGGAUACGAGUGUGCUCGCUAUUCCCAGCCCUGGCAGGUGUCUCUGAAUGUCGGAUACCACUUCUGCGGUGGCUCCGUGAUCAAUGAGAACUGGGUUGUGUCUGCUGCUCACUGCUACCAAUCCCGUAUCCAGGUGCGUUUGGGCGAGCACAACAUUGCCCUCAACGAAGGCACAGAGCAGUACAUCUAUUCCUCUCGUGUCAUCCGUAACCCCUACUACAACUCCUGGACUCUUGACAACGACAUCAUGCUGAUCAAGCUGAGCAGUCCUGUCAGCUUCAAUCAAUACGUCCAGCCUGUGGCCCUGCCCAGUAGCUGUGCCCCUGCUGGCACAAGGUGCACAGUUUCUGGCUGGGGAAACACCAUGAGCGCCACCGAUGACUCUGAUAAGCUGCAGUGCCUGGAGAUCCCCAUCCUGUCCGAUCGUGACUGUGACAACUCCUACCCUGGCAUGAUCACCGACGCCAUGUUCUGCGCCGGAUACCUGGAGGGAGGCAAGGACUCUUGCCAGGGUGACUCUGGUGGCCCCGUUGUGUGCAACGGUGAGCUGCAGGGUGUUGUGUCCUGGGGCUACGGCUGUGCUGAGAAGAACCACCCUGGAGUCUACGCCAGGGUCUGCCGGUUCAACCAAUGGAUCGCUGACACUAUGGCCAGCAACUGAGUCUGAUGUCAUCACUGCAAAUCCAGAGCAGUCACACAAGACAACACAUUGCUGUGUUUCCUAUUGUAAUGGAGAUGGUGGUCAAAAUAAAUGAAUUAUG